AAUUCAAUCCCAAAAUCGAUGGAAAAGAAACUUUUAUGUGAAUGUGGAGCACCUAGUUGAAGUGCCAGCAUUCUAAAAUAGCUUGUGCUGUUCUUCCUUCUGUGGGAGCUGCAAACUUGGGCCCCAAAGGAAAAACUAAGUGCUUUAUCCAUAUGACCCAAGGCGAAACGCCGCCUCUAUCACAAACCUAACGGCAACUUCUCCGAUUUUUGGCUUUUGAUCCGCUUGAGUGAUCCUCCCUCCCCGUUUGGCCACAAUUGUGGAAUGCAAAAAAAGCGGACAAAUUAAUUUGUAAACAGGAGAAGAUGGUUUCGGAUUCCGAAAUAGCAGAGCGGCUCAAGGAAAUUCUGCGCACAGCAGAUUUGACCACCACCACAACUGCCAGCAUUCGCCGCAAGCUCCAAGAUGAACUGCAACUUGAUUUGUCCGACAAAAAAGCCUUCAUUAGAGAGCAAGUGGACCUCUAUUUGCUCUACCAGCAGCAGCAGCAGCAACAACAUAACAAUAAUGAAGUAAAGGAAGAAGAAGAGGCCGAACCGUCCUCUGAACAAGAAGAGGACGAACAGGGAGAAGAUGAGGAUGAAGAAGAAGAGGAGGAGGAGGAUGAAGGCAAUGACAAGAUACGCAAGAAAAAAGGUUCCAUCAAAGAAAAAAAGAAAAGGGGAACGGGUGGUGGCUUUACUAAGUUAUGUGGUCUUUCACCUGAGCUUCAGGCACUCCUUGGGGUAUCAGAAUUACCUCGAACGCAGGUUGUCAAACAACUUUGGGUUUACAUUAAGGAACAUAAUUUGCAAGAUCCACAAAAUAAGCGGAAAAUAAUAUGCGAUGACAAAUUACGUACAGUAUUCAAAAAGUCUUCUAUUGACAUGUUUGAGAUGAGCAAAGUACUCUCAGAUCAUAUUUUCCGACUUGAGAAAGAAAAUGAAGGUUCAGAGGACCCAGAACCAAAGGCAAAACGGCAGAAACCUGAAAAAACGGAAGGUGGAAAAGGGAAAGGAGGAGGUGGAAAAGGAAAAACUUCAGGCUUGUGUUCUCCUCUUCCCCUCUCAGAUGCUCUUGUAGCAUUUCUUGGAACUGGUGAAAGUGAAUUGUCAAGAGCAGAGGUAGUCAAGCGUAUAUGGGGAUAUAUAAAGGAUAAUAAUCUACAGGACCCUUCAGAUAAGAGGAGAAUUUUGUGCGAUGAGAAACUACAUGAACUGUUUGGAUGUGAUACAUUUAUUGGUUUUGGCGUUGCUAAGCUUUUGUCAACUCAUUUCUUGAAAUCAUAGCCUCUCAGGUGCAGCUCUGUAUAGGUGCGCACAGGAAAUGUUCGAUGCAAGUUUUUUUUAAGUGCAGUGUAGCGCAUCCAUAUCCUUGUACUUCUAAAUUAUGCGAUUUUUCUAAUCACAUUUUGUGGUGCUUUGUGCUAUUUUCGGAUAAUUUUCACUGUUCAGGGACCACUGCCCUGUGUUUCAGGUUGACAGAUUCCGUUUUGAUCAGGUUUCAAGCUCAUUGCCCAGUUAUAGUUACACACUCUGGAUUGAGGGAGAUUGUUGGCAUGGAAAAGAAGCAUUGUGCUGCUAUUUAACAUAGGUUGAGUCCUGACUAUACUUGUAAAGUUUUGAUUGUUGCAUGCUUAGAAUAAAGGCUAUUCUUCCUAAGUUGGUUUGCAGAAUGCAGACUUUAUUCAUUUUGUGAAAGUUGUAUCUUUUUGUACCAACACCAAGUUUCUAAAUCUGUAAAGUUGAUAGAAGGCAUUUUAUCUUCAAAAUGUGUCUGGAUAAUAGAUUCUUUAAGCAAAUUAACUUCACAUAGCAAAAUCCUUAUUUUCUCUCC